AUGGCUCGUACCAAGCAAACUGCUCGUAAAUCUACUGGAGGAAAGGCACCUAGGAAGCAACUUGCUACAAAGGCUGCACGUAAGUCUGCACCGACCACUGGAGGAGUCAAGAAGCCCCAUCGUUACCGUCCUGGAACUGUUGCACUUCGUGAAAUCCGUAAGUACCAGAAGAGUACUGAAUUGCUUAUCAGGAAGCUUCCAUUUCAGAGGCUAGUCCGUGAGAUUGCUCAAGAUUUCAAGACCGAUUUACGUUUCCAAAGCCAUGCUGUUUUGGCUCUUCAAGAAGCUGCUGAAGCAUACCUUGUUGGUCUCUUUGAAGACACUAACCUCUGCGCCAUUCACGCCAAGCGUGUCACUAUCAUGCCUAAGGAUAUUCAGCUCGCUCGUCGUAUCAGAGGCGAACGCGCUUAA